AUGCCAUGUGCCCGGAGGAGCUGGCUUGCAACCCUUCCCGUGGUGGCUCAGCUCCUUAACUUCGGGGCGCUUUGCCACGGGGGGCCGCCCCGGCCAGGCCCGCCGCGCUUCCCGGACACGAGGCAAGAGCAUUUUAUCAAGGCCCUGCCUGAAUACCAUGUGGUGGCUCCUGUCCAAGUAGAUGCCAGUGGGCAUUUUCUGUCGUAUGGCUUGCACCUUCCCGCCAAGAGCAGCAGGAGGAAGAGAGAUUUGGAUGGCUCAGAGGACCGAGUGUACUACAGAAUUUCUCAUGAGGAGAAGGACCUAUUUUUUAACUUGACAGUCAAUCAGGGAUUUCUUUCCAAUAGCUACAUCGUGGAGAAGAGAUAUGGGAACCUCUCCCAUGUUAAGAUGAUGGCUUCCUCCGCCCCCCGCUGCCAUCUCAGGGGCACGGUCCUGCAGCGGGGCACCAGAGUCGGGACAGCAGCCCUCAGUGCCUGCCACGGACUGACUGGAUUUUUCCAUCUACCCCAUGGAGACUUUUUCAUUGAGCCUGUGAAACAGCAUCCACUGGCUGAGGAAGGGUACCACCCACACAUCGUUUACAGGAGACAGAGGCGGAGGGUUCCAGAGGCCGAGGAGCCAACCUGUGGAUUGAAGGACAGUGUUGACACCUCCCAGAAGCAAGAGCUGCAGCGGGAGAAGUGGGAGAGGAACAACUUGCCAAGCAGAAGCCUCUCUCGGCGUUCCAUCAGCAAGGAGCGAUGGGUGGAGACACUGGUGGUGGCUGACACGAAGAUGAUUGAGUAUCACGGGAGUGAGAACGUGGAGUCCUACAUCCUCACCAUCAUGAACAUGGUCACCGGGUUGUUCUAUAACCCAAGCAUUGGCAAUGCAAUUCACAUUGUCGUGGUUCGGCUCAUUCUACUUGAAGAAGAAGAGCAAGGACUGAAAAUAGUUCACCAUGCAGAGAAGACACUGUCUAGCUUCUGCAAGUGGCAGAAGAGCAUCAAUCCCAAGAGCGACCUCAACCCUGUCCAUCACGAUGUGGCCGUCCUUCUCACCAGAAAAGACAUCUGCGCUGGUGUCAAUCGCCCCUGCGAGACCCUGGGUCUGUCUCACCUGUCAGGAAUGUGCCAGCCUCACCGGAGUUGUAACAUCAACGAGGACUCGGGACUCCCUCUGGCUUUCACAAUUGCCCAUGAGCUCGGACACAGCUUUGGCAUCCAGCAUGACGGGAAAGAAAACGACUGUGAGCCCGUGGGCAGGCACCCGUACAUCAUGUCCCGCCAGCUCCAGUACGACCCCACUCCGCUGACAUGGUCCAAGUGCAGCAAGGAGUACAUCACCCGCUUCUUGGACCGAGGCUGGGGGUUCUGUCUUGAUGACAUACCCAAAAAGAAAGGCUUGAAGUCCAAGGUUAUUGCCCCUGGAGUGAUCUAUGAUGUCCACCACCAGUGCCAGCUACAGUACGGACCCAAUGCUACCUUCUGCCAGGAAGUAGAAAACGUCUGCCAGACACUGUGGUGCUCAGUGAAAGGUUUUUGUCGCUCCAAGCUGGACGCUGCUGCAGAUGGGACACGGUGUGGUGAGAAGAAGUGGUGCAUGGCCGGCAAGUGCAUCACAGUGGGGAAGAAGCCAGAGAGCAUCCCUGGAGGCUGGGGCCGCUGGUCACCCUGGUCCCACUGUUCCAGGACCUGUGGCGCAGGAGCCCAGAGUGCAGAGAGGCUCUGCAACAACCCUGAACCAAAGUUUGGAGGGAAAUAUUGCACUGGAGAAAGAAAACGCUAUCGCUUGUGCAACGUCCACCCCUGUCGCUCAGACACACCAACAUUCCGGCAGAUGCAAUGCAGUGAAUUUGACACUGUUCCCUACAAGAAUGAAUUUUACCACUGGUUUCCUGUUUUUAAUCAAGCACAUCCUUGUGAGCUCUACUGCCGACCCAUAGAUGGCCAGUUUUCUGAGAAAAUGCUGGAUGCUGUCAUAGAUGGUACCCCGUGCUUUGAAGGCGGCAACAGCAGAAAUGUCUGUAUUAAUGGCAUGUGUAAGAUGGUUGGCUGUGACUAUGAGAUCAAUUCCAAUGCCACGGAGGACCGCUGUGGAGUGUGCCUUGGAGACGGCUCUGCCUGCCAGACCGUGAGAAAGAUGUUUAAACAGAAAGAAGGAUCUGGUUAUGUUGACAUCGCGCUCAUUCCGAAAGGAGCAAGGGACAUAAGGGUGAUGGAAGUUGAGGAAGCUGGAAACUUCCUGGCCAUCAGGAGUGAAGACCCUGAGAAAUAUUACCUCAAUGGAGGAUUCAUUAUCCAGUGGAAUGGGAACUAUAAGCUGGCAGGGACUGUCUUUCAGUAUGACAGGAAAGGGGACCUGGAGAAACUGAUGGCCACAGGCCCUACCAAUGAGUCCGUGUGGAUCCAGCUCCUAUUCCAGGUGACCAACCCUGGCAUCAAGUAUGAGUACACAAUCCGGAAAGAUGGCCUUGACAAUGAUGUGGAGCAGCUGAUGUACUUCUGGCAGUACGGCCGCUGGACAGAGUGCAGUGUGACCUGUGGGACAGGUAUCCGCCGGCAGACUGCCCAUUGCAUAAAGAAAGGUCGUGGGAUAGUCAAAGCUACAUUCUGUGACCCAGAAACGCAGCCCAAUGGGAGACAGAAGAAGUGCCAUGAAAAGGCUUGUCCACCCAGGUGGUGGGCCGGGGAGUGGGAAGCGUGUUCGGCCACCUGCGGGCCCCAUGGCGAGAAGAAGCGAACGGUGCUGUGCAUCCAGACCAUGGGCUCGGAUGAGCAGGCCCUCCUGCCUACCGACUGCCAGCACCUGCUGAAGCCCAAGACCCUUGUGUCCUGUAACAGAGACAUCCUGUGUCCGUCGGACUGGACAGUGGGCAACUGGAGCGAGUGUUCUGUUUCCUGUGGUGGGGGAGUGCGGAUUCGCAGUGUCACGUGUGCCAAGAACCAUGAUGAACCUUGCGAUGUGACAAGGAAACCCAACAGCCGAGCUCUGUGUGGCCUCCAGCAGUGCCCAUCCAGCCGAAGAGUGCUGAAACCCAGCAAAGGCACAAUUUCUAAUGGGAAACAUCUACCAACACCUGAGCAAGACCCCUUAAAGCCCACCCCUCCACCUCCACCCAGGCCCAGGGUGCUGACCACGACCACAGUGCCUGAGUCUGUGAGCACAGGGACUCCGACAAUCAGCAGCCCUAGUCCCAACACAACCUCCAAAGGAGGAGACCUGGAUGGGAAACAGUGGCAAAGUAGUUCAAUCCAACCUGAACUGGACCCUCACGAUCUCAUUUCCACUGGAAGCACUGCCCAGCCUGUCCUCACUUCCCAGUCUUCGAGCAUCCAGCCACAUAAUGAAAAUGUGUCCAAUUCAGAUAUUGGUCCUACCUCAGAGGGAGACCUUUUAGCUACAACAACAAGUGGUGUUGACUUGUCAUCUUCUAGCAACUCUGUCACUUGGCAGGUGACUCCAUUUUAUAAUACCUUGACCAAAGAUCCAGACAUGGAGAUUCACAGUGGCUCAGGGGAAGACAGUGAACAGCCUGAGAACAAAGAUGGAAACAACCCUGUAAUAUGGAACAAGAUUAGAGCACCUGAAAAUGAUGCUCCAGUGGAAAGUACAGAAAUGCCACUUGGACCUCCACCGACACCUUAUCUCCGGGGGGAGUCCUGGUGGCCACCCUUGAGCACAGCAAUGGAAGGACUCCUUACCAGCCAAAGGCCCAGCACUCUCAAAAAUGGGACACCCACCAUGGAGGGGGUGGAUUCUGAGAAGCCAGCUAACACUCCACUCCCUCUGGGAGGAGACCCCCAGCUAGCACCCUCAGAAAAGCCAGUAAACCAUAACCACCUGGAACUUUCAAACAACAUGAAUCUAACACAGAGUUCUGGGCCAGUCUUGAGUGAGGAGGAUGCAACAAGUCUGAUUGCUGAGGGCUUUUUGCUGAAUGCCUCCAACUACAAGCAACUCACAAACAGCCACAGCCCUGCAUACUGGAUUGUUGGAAACUGGAGUGAGUGUUCCACCACGUGCGGCCUGGGGGCCUACUGGAGGAGGGUGGAGUGCAGCACCCAGACAGACUCUGACUGCGCGGCCAUCCAGAGACCUGACCCUGCUAAGAGAUGCCACCUCCGCCCAUGUGCCGGCUGGAGAGUGGGAAACUGGAGCAAGUGCUCCAGAAACUGUAGCGGGGGCUUCAAGAUCCGCGAGAUUCAGUGCGUGGACAGCCGAGACCGCCGGAGCCUGAGGCCGUUUCACUGCCAGUUCCUGGCCGGCAUCCCUCCCCCCAUGAGCAUGAGCUGCAACCCCGAGCCCUGUGCGGAGUGGCAGGUGGAGCCCUGGACUCAGUGUUCCAGGUCCUGUGGAGGUGGAGUUCAGGAGAGAGGAGUGUCAUGUCCAGGUGGCCUCUGUGACUGGACAAAAAGGCCCACAUCCACCAUGCCCUGCAACGAGCACCUUUGCUGUCACUGGGCCACUGGGAAAUGGGACCAGUGCACCGCUGCCUGUGGAGGUGGCCUUCAGAAGAGGACUGUCCAUUGUGUCCCCUCAGAGGACAAUAAAACUGAAGACCAAGACCAGUGCCUGUGUGAUCAUGAACCCAGACCUCCAGAAUUCAAAAAAUGCAACCAACAGGCCUGCAAGAAGAGUGCUGAUUUACUUUGCACCAAGGACAAGCUGUCGGCCAGUUUCUGCCAGACGCUGAAAGCCAUGAAGAAAUGUUCUGUGCCCACUGUGAGGGAUCAGUGCUGCUUCUCGUGUCCCCAGACACAUGUCACCCACACCCAAAGGCAAAGAAAGAGACCGUUGCCCCCAAACCCCAAAGCACUCUGAGUCACUCUGGAAGCCACCCUCCACCAUAGACUGCAGCAGCUGCUGACCCGGACCUUUCGCCCUGGGGGCCGCCUCACUGAGGUUUUGCCGUACAUAUUUCAGGUUCAACUUUGGGUCAUACCAAAACAAAAUUCAUUGUGUUCCUCUAGCCACAAAAUGUCCCUCCCCAGAGGCCUGGGCUGUCAUACUUGCUGCUCCUUAUAGGAAGGUAACUAUCCAGGAGAAUCAGGCAUCACCUGGGAUCGGCUCCUGGGGAAGGUGCCAGACUAGGCAGGUCUGUGAAAUCCUGUCAUUUUUCCUCCCUUAAAGACAAAAUCAAAGAGACCAGACUUUUCCCAGACUACCUCAAUAGCAUCAGGAAACAGCCACACUCACCCAGGGAACAAAUAAUUUUGUUCAUUUACCUUGAUGAAUAUUUUUUUCUCCCUGCCUGCUGUUUAAAAUGAUAUGGAGGAGUUUUUAGGAAAUUGCCUUUAAUUCACGCAGGCAGAGGAGCACUUUCUCCACCCAGUGUUCACCUGGGGCAGGAAGAGAAAGUGAUGGCUCCAUCCUUCAGUCUCUUCCUCCGUCCCUGCAGGUAUCUGCCUACCCUGAGACACUAGACCACUGGAGGAAACGCGCACAGACAAGCAGCCUGAGGGAUUUAGGUUAGUUACACAGAAAAUAUUUCUGACUUGAGGAUAAUUUCUGUGAAAAUUCUUAAAAAGCAAAGGAACAGAAAUCCACUUGCUAGUAUAAGAAAGGAAAUGUGGGCCUUUGUUCUUCCCCCUUUUCUGGCAAAUACCUGUUCCUUUGCAGAAGAGCCAGUGGGUCCUCCUGUCUGCCUGUCCCUCCCUGCACAGUCCCCACCUGAGGCAGGAGUCAGGUCCCCCCACCAUCCUGCUGCAGGGACAUUAUCCCCAAAGAUCCUACACCCAGGUCCAUGGCUGCCACCUGCCCUCACCUCAGAAAAUGGAGCUACAGAUUAAAAUAUCUUAAAGAACCAGGUAAUUGCACUAAGUACAAGAACUUAGUACAAACUAGUACAGAAAAGAUGAUCUACUCAUUGUACUCAAUGCGUAGUUUUAAAGGUCUUUUACCUUGGGGGACACAGGCAAGUCAGGGAGUCCAAAACACUGAAAGUUAGAAUGCUCAUUUUGAUGUUUCUACCACCCAUCGGAAGUCAGAGUAGGCUGUGGUCUCAAAUUCAGAGUAAAUUUCCAGGCUAACUGAUUUCUAAGGGGAGGUGCUUAUGUGAACU